AGUACGCACCACUGGGAGUGAUCUGAGCCGAGGAUCCCGUCUCCUCAUCAACACCCCUCGAGUUCACGAUGUCCGAUUUUGAGGAUUUCAGCAGAGUGGGAGUUCAGGCGAACGUGUCGGAGAGCUACCAACUGAACCCCGCCAGCGUGAUCGUGUCGGUGGUUUUCUCGCUCAUCUUCCUGCUGGGCACGGUGGGCAACAGUCUGGUGCUGGCGGUGCUCCUGCGGAGCGGCCAGGUCGGCUACAACACCACCAACCUGUUCAUCCUGAACCUGAGCGUGGCCGACUUCUUCUUCAUCAUCUUCUGCGUGCCCUUCCAAGCCACCAUCUACUCCCUGGAGGGAUGGGUGUUCGGCUCCUUCAUGUGCAAGGUGGUGCACUUCUUCAUCAACCUGACCAUGUACGCCAGCAGCUUCACGCUCGCCGCCGUCUCCGUUGACAGGUACCUAGCCAUCCGCUACCCGCUGCGCUCCAGAGAGCUACGGACGCCCUGCAACGCCGUCGUAGCCAUGGUGGUGAUCUGGGGUCUCUCUCUGGUCUUCGCCGGUCCAUAUCUCAGCUACUACGACCUGAUCGACUACGCCAACAGCACCGUUUGCAUCCCCGGGUGGGAGGAGCACAACCGCAAAGUCCUGGACACCUGCACCUUCAUGUUCGGCUACGUCAUCCCCGUUCUGAUCGUGAGUCUCUCCUACACUCGGACCAUCAAGUACCUGUGGACAGCGGUGGACCCUCUGGACGGCAUGUCGGAGUCCAAGCGGGCCAAACGCAAAGUGACCAAAAUGAUCAUCAUCGUCACCGUGCUCUUCUGCAUCUGCUGGCUGCCCUACCACGUGGUGAUCCUGUGCUACCUUUAUGGAGACUUCCCCUUCAACCAGACCACCUACGCCUUCAGGCUUCUCUCCCACUGCAUGGCCUACGCCAACUCCUGCGUCAACCCCAUCGUCUACGCGCUGGUAUCCAAGCACUUCCGCAAGGGCUUCAAGAAGGUCUUCAGCUGCAUCCUCAGUAAACACGGUCGGAACAAGGUCCACGUGGUCCACGUGGCCAACACCGUGCCGGGCUUCGAAGCCGCCUCCACCGAAGUGUCGCACAUGAACGAGGAGCACGUGCGGCAGAACGAAUGUGAAAUGACGAACAGACGGGUGGUGGAGCCGAGAGAGGCUACCGUGUCGCUGAACCUGCGGAACACUUGACUCUCGCCGCGGCUUUUUCGGUGGUGACCUCCGAGUUCCAUCCCCUCAUGUGUAAAGCAGCAGCUGGAGUGCGCUUUCUUUCUCAGACAGUCAAGAAGCAAUUUCUUCUGCCCUGAAUCACUUGCUCUAUGAGCGUCCCAGAGGAUGAGGACCCAGAAAAAAAAAGAUACUUUUGAAUUAGUUUUGAAACGCCAAUUCUCUAAGGAGAGAGAAACAAUGCGGUCGCCUUGGAAACACACCAAAGUGUUGAGUAACCUGCCACAUAUUAUUUCUCUCCUCUCUUCAUUGAACGCUAAAAGGGACAGAAAAUGACUUAAGAUAUAAAUAAAUGAAUAAAUGAUUUGAGGAAUACUGAAAGAAAAGACGAAAUAAUUGAAUAAAUAACUCAACAAAUAAAUAUUUACCUGUCAAUAAUAACCUAAAAUGUCACCAUACAAUUAUUCAGUUAUUUAUAUUUAUUUAGAAAUGCAUUUGCUCAUAUAAAGAUGCAUUUUUAAAUAUGUAUAUUUUUUAUUUAUUUAUAGUGUUCCAUAUUCCAUUGUAUUAUUGCAUUUCCACAAUUAUCAUUUAAAUUCGUUAUUUCUAUUCUUAUUUCAGUCUUCAAUAUUAAAACCACUUUAACGCACAAUAUAUAAAUAUGAAUAUAUAAAAACUGCAAGCAUAAACGAGAAAUACAUUUCUAAAUUAAUUCAAAUAUUUGGUUUUUUUAACGGCAUAAUAUCAAAUAUUGUGUUUGUUUAUUUAUUCCAAUAUACUUUUAUACUUUUUUUUGGAUAAUUUCUUUUUAAACAUAACUUAUGCUCUUCUUGCUUCUUGUGUUGUCCUCUCCACCUACGACAGUAAAUCACGAUACGAGACAGGUUUCAGGUUUAUUGGCACAGAUGCCAUUGAUGGAAAAAUAUUGGACGGUUUAAAAGGUCAAGUUUUUCCCCAGUCCUGCUUCGAUCGGUCACUCGAGUUCAUCAAUGUUUGCAUGUCAGCAGUCAUCAAUAGUUCGAAUGGUGACAUGAGAACAUAUCAGUUACUAAUGGGUCAUGGGUGUCAAAACCCUUGGUCAGGGGGCCAAUUGUGGCCAUACCAGUUCUUUUUAUGUGGCCCUUGUUUGCCUUUAAUGUUGAUGCUGUUUGUCACCUACCUGUGGGAUCAGAAUGUCGGCGCCAGCCUUCACUUCAACCGCUUUUCCUUCCUUCAACCACUUUUGAAUGGCAGGCUGGAAACACCUCCCAGGAAGUGCAGUAUUAGCGGAACUUUACAAAGUGUAAAUGGACAGCAGUACAUGAACCCACGUCCUGAAAGAACAAGAAGAGAAUCUAACACAUAUCUUUUUAAAUACUGUCCAUUCUUUUGCCACUUAUCUUUCUGCAGGAGGGAGUCAUCCUUUCAUAGCUUCCUGUAGCAGCAAGUAGCAGACGUAGCUAGGUCUUCUGUCGAUGCUAUUGAUCAAACUUGACUGACUUGACAGGCAGCGAAAAAUGAUCACGUUUACACUGUAGAUGAGACUUUGGUAUUUGCAGGAGUUAUAAUGUAAUAAUUUACAAUCACUUCCGGUGUAUAUGAAAACAGUACUAUUUAUGCUAAAUUGCAAAACAAAAGAUUUCCUUUACCUUUAUUGUUACAUUUCUUUUGAAGCUAAACGUCAAUAUUGAAUAUGAGAUAUGUUAAUGUAUCAGAUAUUUGUAUUGUUUUGAAGAACUAAAUUAAGUAUUUAUUAUAUAUGUAUGCUAUAUUUACCUGUACUUCUAUCUGUUGUGUCUCCUUUUCAAUAUUUACUAAGUCGCUGUCAGAAUUGUUAUUUUUUUUAUUUUUGACCUUCUGAUUGUAUCAGCUAUGUAAUGCUACGUUAAAAUGAAACUGAAUCUGAAUCAUUUUUAAUGUUUUGUGUUUUUGCCGCUCCAUUCUUUCAAAAGAUAGAAGGCGGAAGUUUGAACUGAAAAGAUGAUAUAGAGUCAUGGAUCACACCAAAAGCAUCGCAUGCUCAUGUUGUUCAUCACAAUUUAAGUGAGAUAUUAAUUCAGGAAAUGGAAACAGGGUUGCUUGUGUUUGGUGUCAGACCACCGAUAGUCCUCAGAAUUUCAUUCCACCAUUUGCCUUAAUCGCAGCACUUUGACUAGUUAACUUGCCGUAUCGGGAUCGUUUCAACGCUUCAGCACUUUUUAACGGAACGUCUCAGACGUCGCAACUGUGACGACAGAAACGUUGCUCUUCUAUUGCAUGCAGAUGCUCUUCUAUUGUAAAAUGUGAUGACUCCGCUAAAGCAGAAAUGAUGCUGCUGUUUGACGCUAAAACGUAGUGGAUAUUGGAUGAACUCACCUGCUGCUGUACUGUUUGGAAAAGACUCCUCUCAUGGCAUGUUUCUUCCGUCUGUUCCACACCGCGCUUUUAAGCAUCUAUUGUAGAUGUUUUCUGUGCUUCGAGUUAAAAGCUUUUUCUGUCCAUCUCUGUUGCAGUGUCGUGCUCUACCUCAGACGUGUGAAACAUGAAGUUGUGAUUUUCCACCUGAAGCUGCUCCUUUUUAACAAACUGCAUCCCUUGCCUCCUUCAUGUUUCGAUGGUAGCUCAGUUUAUGGAGCUGUAAAGUGUUAACUGUCCAAAAUAUGUAUUUAUUUCCGUAUUUCGGCUAUUCAUCGGAUGUUAAAA